AUGGAUUCCUUAAAAUUACCAACGACAGCCGCUCAGGCCAAAGCAUUUACUGCGCCAAACUCGAUAUUGUUCCCCAAAGGUAUAGAUUCCAAUUCCGACGAAUUUAAAGAAUCCGAAGCCAACGUAUUGGCAUCAGCAUCAGCAGCAUCAGCAUCAGCAUCAGCGGUAAAGAAAGAGCAAAGCUUGGAUAUUAUCGAGCCAAAGCAAGAUGAUGAUGACGGAGCUACUUCUGGUAUUGUGCCCACUUUGCAGAAUAUAGUGGCAACGGUGAAUUUGGACUGUCGGUUGGAUCUCAAAACAAUUGCCUUGCAUGCACGUAACGCCGAAUACAAUCCAAAACGUUUUGCCGCUGUGAUUAUGAGGAUCAGAGACCCAAAGACAACGGCUUUGAUUUUUGCCAGUGGUAAAAUGGUGGUUACUGGUGCCAAAUCAGAAGACGAUUCGAAAUUAGCAUCGAGGAAAUAUGCAAGGAUUAUUCAAAAAUUGGGGUUCAAUGCCAAGUUUACCGAUUUCAAGAUACAAAAUAUUGUUGGGUCAUGUGAUGUUAAGUUCCCAAUAAGAUUAGAGGGUUUAGCCUUCUCUCACGGUACUUUCUCGUCUUAUGAACCUGAAUUGUUUCCUGGUUUGAUUUAUAGAAUGGUUAAACCAAAAAUUGUGCUUUUGAUUUUUGUCUCUGGGAAAAUUGUUUUGACGGGUGCAAAGCAAAGAGAGGAAAUCUAUGCUGCUUUCGAAGCCAUAUACCCGGUCUUGAGUGAAUUCCGAAAGUCAUAA